CAGGCGAAAAGAGGAAAAGGAAGACGCAGGAACGCGGCGGUUUGCGGCGAACCGUAGCGAAGCUUCGACGACGUCCGCUGCUGCCGCGAGGUCCCAAGUCGAGUAGGAGGAGCACGCCUUGAUGCGAGACCGGCAGCGGGGCGAGGAGUGAGCGCCGGCAUGGAGGACAAGGAGCCCCCGUACGCGCCCUUCUUCGGCAUCAUGGGCGCCGUGGCUGCGAUCGCGUUCAGCGCCCUGGGCGCCGCGUACGGCACCGCCAAGUCCGGCACGGGCAUCGCGGCCAUGUCGAUCAUGCGGCCCGAGCUCAUCAUGAAGUCCAUCAUCCCGGUCGUCAUGGCCGGCAUCAUCGCCAUCUACGGACUCGUCGUGGCUGUGCUCAUCUCCAGCGCGCUCAGCUCUGCCUACAGGCUGUACCAGUCCUUCCUGCACCUGGGAGCUGGGCUGAGCGUCGGUCUCAGUGGCUUGGCUGCAGGCUUCGCCAUCGGCAUUGUCGGGGACGCUGGUGUCCGCGGUACGGCUCAGCAACCUCGGCUCUUCGUCGGCAUGAUCCUGAUCCUCAUCUUCGCCGAGGUCUUGGGCCUGUACGGGCUCAUCGUGGCGCUGAUCAUGUACUCACGUUAGCCGGAGGGCACUUUCACAACUCGAAUAACAUGCCUCGUCGACCGCCGAGCCGAAAGAACUGCUAGUCAAGAGAUGGUGCGUGAGUGGCCAUAAGACUUCAAGAGGGGUGCCUUUUGAACUGUUAGAAGGCACGACCCCAAAAGCUCUCGUAGAAGUGAACACCACAGACAACGGUUUUUUUUUUUUUUUUUUUUCUUUGUGGACGCUGUUAACUGCGUGCGGACUGUGAACUGACAACGAAUCAGUCCAAUGUGUGUUGUGACCCGAACAAUGUCAUCAAACUGUGGGGAGCCUCUGUCCAAAGGUGUGCUGUUCCGUGUUGUCCGACCUUGAAGUGGCUGCAUGCGUGUAACGAGCGGAUCAGACUGCCACAGCUUGAAGCUAUAGGUAAGACGUGGGAACAUUGAUUGCAACAAUGCAGAGUUAAGGACUGGAACAGGCUUACCGCAGCCGUUCGCAUGGUAUGCCCUCGCCCCUGUUAGUGUUUCUGGGCUUUUUGUUUUUGUUCUUUUUUUUGUGCUUUCUGAAGGCAAGUGUUGAUAGGGAUUGGUGUGAUGUUGACAAGUUCCUACGUUUGUUUUCUUGUUACUUUUAUUUAGGCAUGUGAGAAAAUAAACCACAUCUUUUUUUGU